CCCCACACCCCCGCUCCCCUUUACCCGGCCAGCAGCGCCGUGGCCGACUCGGUCCCGCGGCCGGUGGUACGGGCGCGCGCGCCGGGGGUCGCGCGGCUGCUGAGAAGGACGAGCACGCGCUGGGAGGGAGUGGAGGCGUAGGGGGGCGGGGGUACGGCUCGAUUGCUCGCAAGAUGGCGGACGAGGACGGGGAAGGGAUUCACCCCUCAGCCCCUCAUCGGAACGGAGGUGGCGGCGGCGGCGGGGGGUCCGGGCUCCACUGCGCCGGGAACGGCGGAGGAGGAGGCGGCGGCCCGCGGGUCGUGCGCAUCGUCAAGUCCGAGUCCGGCUACGGCUUCAACGUGCGGGGCCAAGUGAGCGAGGGCGGGCAACUGCGGAGCAUCAACGGAGAGCUGUACGCGCCGCUGCAGCAUGUGAGCGCCGUGCUGCCCGGGGGGGCGGCCGACCGGGCCGGGGUGCGCAAGGGGGACCGCAUCCUGGAGGUGAACGGCGUGAAUGUUGAGGGGGCGACACACAAGCAGGUGGUGGACCUGAUCCGAGCAGGCGAGAAGGAAUUGAUCUUGACAGUGUUAUCUGUACCUCCUCAUGAGGCGGAUAAUCUAGAUCCCAGUGACGACUCGUUGGGACAAUCAUUUUAUGAUUACACAGAAAAGCAAGCAGUGCCCAUAUCGGUCCCCACAUACAAACAUGUGGAGCAGAAUGGUGAGAAAUUUGUGGUAUACAAUGUUUACAUGGCAGGGAGGCAACUGUGUUCUAAGCGGUACCGGGAGUUUGCCAUCCUACACCAGAACCUGAAGAGAGAGUUUGCCAACUUUACAUUUCCUCGACUUCCAGGAAAGUGGCCAUUCUCAUUAUCAGAACAGCAGUUAGAUGCUCGACGUCGGGGUUUGGAAGAAUAUCUAGAAAAAGUGUGUUCAAUACGAGUCAUUGGUGAGAGUGAUAUCAUGCAGGAAUUCCUGUCAGAAUCAGAUGAGAACUAUAAUGGUGUGUCUGAUGUAGAGCUGAGAGUAGCAUUACCAGAUGGAACAACAGUUACAGUCAGAGUUAAAAAGAACAGUACUACAGACCAAGUAUAUCAGGCUAUUGCAGCAAAGGUUGGCAUGGACAGUACGACAGUGAAUUACUUUGCCUUAUUUGAAGUGAUCAAUCAUUCCUUUGUACGUAAGCUGGCUCCUAAUGAAUUUCCUCAUAAACUCUACGUCCAGAAUUAUACAUCAGCUGUGCCAGGAACCUGCCUGACCAUUCGAAAGUGGCUUUUUACUACAGAAGAAGAAAUCCUCUUAAAUGAUAAUGACCUUGCUGUUACCUAUUUCUUUCAUCAGGCUGUCGAUGAUGUGAAGAAAGGUUACAUCAAAGCAGAGGAAAAGUCUUACCAAUUACAGAAACUAUACGAACAAAGGAAAAUGGUCAUGUACCUCAACAUGCUAAGAACUUGUGAGGGCUACAAUGAAAUUAUUUUCCCCCACUGUGCCUGUGACUCCAGGAGGAAGGGGCACGUUAUCACAGCCAUCAGCAUCACGCACUUUAAGCUGCAUGCCUGCACUGAAGAAGGACAGCCAGAAAACCAAGUAAUAGCGUUUGAAUGGGAUGAGAUGCAGCGAUGGGAUACGGAUGAAGAAGGCAUGGCAUUCUGUUUUGAAUAUGCACGAGCAGAGAAGAAGCCCCGAUGGGUUAAAAUCUUCACACCAUAUUUCAAUUACAUGCAUGAAUGCUUCGAGAGGGUGUUCUGCGAGCUCAAGUGGAGAAAAGAGAACAUUUUCCAGAUGGCAAGGUCACAGCAGAGGGAUGUAGCCACCUAGCCUUCCCUUAUCCCCUUCCCUUCUCGUCCCCUUCCUCUUAUCCUUUUCGUCUCCCAUGUCAGACAGAGUAACCAUUAACACAAAAGAAGAGAAAAAGGAAAAAAGUCAUUAUAUUCAAAAGCCCUAAACUAAAUGUUAUUAAUAACUCCCUCUGAAUUUAAUGUAUCUGGAAUUGAGCUGGUAGAGAACAAUAAUAGAUUGGUCAGUACCAGAAAUCCACUGAGUUAAGACAGGAAAAGAAAUAAGCCCAACCAACUCGCCAAAGGUAUCUUUAUCCUUUCACCUGGGCCUCAUAUCAACAGACUCUCCUUGUACUAUAUUUUUAAAACUGGAACUAUGAACUUCAUCCAUUUGCACUGUUCAGACAUAUAUAUGUAUGUAUGUAAAAAAAUUAUAUAUACACAAAUUAGCUGCACGUAUAUACAUAUAUAUAUAUUUCUUUUAAAAUUUCAUAUUGAUGGCAGUACCUUUUUUAGCUUGUGUUUUUACACACCUUUCACUAGAAUUCAUGACCUCUCUCUUGCUCUCUUUAUUUUGAAACAAACUUUAAAAAGGAAAAAAAAAAUUACAGGGAAAAUACCUCUCCUCGUGAAGGACUCGAAAAGUUUACAACCUGCUUGGGUUUUUUCCCCCCCUUUUUUGUAUCGAGUACAGUUUCUGGCUCAUGGGUUGCCAUAGAGUCUGAGGAGCAAGGAGCAUAGUGUCUUUAUCUUCUAAGAAGGUGCUGGGGAGGAGAAAGAGGUGUGUUUUUCUACGACAGCAAGGCUACAGAUCUGCAGGGAGAGUCUAAAAACUUGAUGUGAUCUCUUCAUUCCAGGGCAGUUUUCCUGGUCCAUGUCUCUCCCAUUCAUGGCUUUUAAGCCCAUUCUGCAUCUCUUUUCUGCUUCCCUAGGGCAAUUCAUAUGCUUUCCCUUAACUAGCCCAGAGCAGAGUUGAGCAUGGACUCAGGAAGUUGAUGCCACAGGAACCUGAAAUCCAACCUUCUCUGCAGCAGGGAGGGUAUCAGUGACCAGAGGUGAAGCAGAUACCUUAGGCAUGAAGGUUGGACUUACAGAGGGAAAAGGAAGGAAGUGAUGCCACAUGUACAAAGGUUUUACCUGCUCCAUUCCUUCUGAAAAUGACCCAUAACUGUUACAUUCUUUGUAACUUCCUUAAGCAGCAGUGUUGGGGAGGGAUCUGACAAUAUCUUCAAGGCCUUAAGGGAAAGUUGGAAUGGGUCUGUGGUCUGUGCCAAUACCAUGGCCUCUCUAAGCCAGCUAAGAACCCAGGAAGGCAUGGUAUUAUGGUAGCUUUGGGUUGGAUCACCACCUUUUACUUCCACCUUGGAAGGAAAACCUUUUUGUCCCUCUAGGUUCCUCAUCUGAUUUUGCAGUUAGACCUUUUGAGACUUAAGAGCUAGAUCCCAGGAUUGGAAGCCAGGGCUGAUAAGCAGGGUAACAGUCUCAGCUCUAUACUCUAUCCUGAGCUCUAUACUAUUGAGUGAGAAACACUAAGUCAGGUUCAGAUGCAACUGAAACACAUCUUUGAGUCUUCUUCGUUUCCCCCUCUUCUUUACCUUCCAAAUAAAAACCUCCACAGGAUGACAUCCUCUGCUUUGUCUGCCAGGGAAGUAGUCAGAAUUGGUUGUAGUCAGCUGCACUGAGCAGUAUGGGGCGAUUUGAAGUUUCUCUUUUGUAACUUGUUUUUACUGAUCAUUGUGAGGUCACUUUUCCUUCCCUCUCACCCUGUUAUCCUGGCAGCCACUUGCCCCAGGGAGGUGUGGAUGUAUACAGGAUAUCAUGUCUUCCUCCCCUUCUCCAAACCCAGGUGGAAUCAGGGUACAAAACAUAAGAAUGCUGAAUGUUUUAAGUUGCAGAGGGUACUCAAUGAUCUGAAGGCUUUAAUAUAGAAUUGAUUCCUUUUGGCUUAAAUGAAUUUAAUAAAGAGCCAACGGACCCUAAAAGAAGAUAUGUUUAUUUCCACUUCAAGAUGCUGAAGAGGCUUUUGACACCAGCUUUGUUUAAACUGUAAAAAUAGCAGCAAUGCACCCCUACUUCCUCAUAGUGGGAAAGGAAUGAACAAACCGAGAGUCUGUUUGUCAGCCUGAAUGCUGACCUCCCAUUGAGACAGGGAUUUGGAGGUCCCUCAGAGUGGGCAGAUAGUGCCAUGUUCCCUUUCUGACUAGCAUUCACUUGGUUCUGUGGAGGUUGGGUGGAGGGCCUCACAGAUAGUUAGCCUGUUGGCAAAAUCUGUUGGCCUAUACUUAGGGCUGUCUAAAAACAAAGCACCCAGCUGCAGCAAGCAGGUGGGAAGGAGGGAGGCCUUUGGAUGGCACUUUAUCUUUCACGCACAUCAGGCCUCCAGUGAUGGAGGCAGAGGUCACUGUGGCUGUGGAGGUCCAUAGGAUUGAACCCUUCUUUGCAUGAAGCAGUGUUAGGUGUGACUCUACUUCCCCCUUCCCCUGCACUUCCUUUCUCUAAUCCCUGCUAUUUCUCUUAGCCCUGGCUUCUGCCCAGGGAGGUGUCUACCCAGUCUUUUUUUGCAAUUUGUCUCUGGGAAAUGGGAUUCCCCCUCCCCCAGCUUCACCCCAGCCGAACCACAGGAUCUUCCUGGUUUCCCUCCUUACUGGGUUGCUCCUCUGGGGCAAAAACUCAGAGCUUUUUAUGGAACAGCAGAAAUUGUAGGCCCUGAGAAACCUGUCCCUGUAGAAAAGUUCCCUUGGGCCAUGCUUUGAGCUUCUGCUCUUUAUAUUUUUAUUCUAUUCUCCAUUUUUCUGCCCUCCCCUUGCCCUAGGCCUAAGCUCAGCACAGGUACAGAUACGUGUGUGCUCAGGGCAGCUCCUAAGCCUGGACAGAGCUCUCAGGGAGGAAUUAGCUAAAUAUUCCAACAUCCUCAUGCCUGGCCCAUUUAGUUCUUUAGUUACCCAGGCCAGUAGCUUUGGGUUAUCCCCUUUUGAAGCUCCAGACCCAGUGCUUGGAACAGCAAAAUAGGGCACUGACAGGAGGUGACACUUUCUCUCUCAUCUCAGAAUUUGCCAACUUGUAGGCCUAGCUCCUUAGAGGCAGUUUUCUUGAAAGGAACUGUGUGCUAGCUGACCUGAAGUCUCCAGACGUGGAGGACCACUGUGCUCUCCCUCCCUCUACAUCACGCUGUCUGGCUGGACUGGCUCAGCAGUAGACCUGAGCACACUACUGCUCCUUUACCAGCCUCACUGGAUCACACUGGCUUCCUUUGAUGGGGGUUGAUGUGACUGAACACUCAGAGAAGGAAGUGAGGAGAACACAGGCAGGGGAGUGCUUCUGUAGCCCUCCAUCUUCUAGUUUUAACUGCUGUCUUCCUUUUCCCCUAAACCUGAGCACAUCAUGCCAGUCCUCUUUCAUAGCAAGACAGCAGCAACUCACUCCUCAGCAAUAAUCCAGGGUGUGUGGGAGCUUAGGGCUGUGGGGAGGAACAGAACCAAACAGGGGAGUGACAUGGGGUGGGGGGUACUUGGCCAACUGCUAAACUUGGACACCAAUUUUAUUUUAUGCCCAUUUUAAGCUGGUGAGCUGGGCUUCGGUUUUUCCCAGGCCAUGCACACUUUUAAUUUAUUUGAGAGAAACUCUAAUUGUAUUUUCACUGCAGUAUCUUGUAUUUUUUAUUUGUGAUUUAAGAAAUGUGAAGAGAAAAUACACAGACACAUAAUGGCUAACAGUGUUUCUUUCAUUCCUUGUUCUAGAGCUAACCACUCUAAAAUUGUUUGGUAAUGUCACUUAGUGUAAUUAAUUGUAACAUAUUCUUUUAAAUAAAUUGAUUUAUUGAUGAAACAAU